AACUCCGUCGUGUGUUUGUUUACCCAGCUAGUGAGCGUUUGCGACGUAAAAAUGCGUUUCCCUGCGAGUUAAUAAUCGCGUUAGCGACACGUCAUACACCACUGGAACGGGUUUUCAAAAUUUUGCACUAUUCCGCGACAACGUUUAUAGGUUACGAACUGGAGAGAGCAAACUUUUAAACUGUUUUUUGGACGCGAAGUGGACAAACUCCACGCCGGCCAUCUUUGCUAACUUGGCUAGCUCUCCUUGCUAGCGGGAAAAACUAUUUUGGAUUCCUUAAAAAAAGGUCACCAUCAGAUCUCCCAGCAAAGCCGCAGAUUCGUUUGUCCGUUAGUCUGGCCGCGACAUGUAUUGACACCGCCGCUAAACAAUCAGACCCAGAGUUUCCCCUGGUUGUGUUCGGAUCUCCGGUUUAGCGUUCCACGUCGUCAUGUCGUCGUUUUCCGAGUCCGCCUUGGAGAAGAAGCUGUCCGAGCUGAGUAACUCGCAGCAGAGCGUCCAGACGCUGUCGCUGUGGAUCAUACACCACCGCAAACAUUCAGGCACCAUCGUACGUGUGUGGCAUAAAGAGCUGAAAAAAGCCAAAAGCAGCCGGAAGCUGACCUUCCUUUACCUCGCCAACGACGUUAUUCAGAACAGUAAGAAGAAAGGACCCGAGUUCACGCGGGAUUUUGAAGGCGUCCUUGUUGAUGCCUGCUCACAUGUAGCGAGGGAAACAGAUGAGAGCUGCAGGAAGCACAUGGAGAGGCUGUUGAACAUCUGGCAGGAGCGCAGUCUCUACCGUGCCGAUUUUAUCCAGCAGCUCAAACUGGCCAUUGAGGACUCCAACAGCCCCAGACACAAAGUUGCAGACGAGAAGAAGGGGCUGAAAAGAACGUUCCAGAAGGUUCAGGAAGAGGAAGAGGAAGAUGAUGACGACGAUUACAGGGCGCAGUAUUCUCCCCACGAGACAGACGCCACCGGCCCACAGCUGACGGAGGAGCUGGUUAAAGCCCUGCAGGACCUGGAGAAUGCUGCGUCCGGAGACGCCACCGUGCGGCAAAAGAUCGCCUCGCUGCCUCAGGAGGUGCAGGACGUCUCUCUGCUUGAGAAGAUCACAGAUAAGGAGGCAGCAGAUAAGCUCUCUAAGACGGUGGAUGAGGCGUGUCUUCUGCUGGCUGAGUAUAACGGGAGACUGGCAGCCGAGCUGGAGGACCGCAGACAGUUGGCCCGCAUGCUCACCGAAUACAUCAACAGCCAGAAGGAGGCGCUGAGCGAGAGGGAGAAAAAACUCGAGGAGUACAAGCAGAAGCUGGCGCGAGUAACUCAGGUGCGCAAAGAGCUCAAGUCUCACAUCCAGAGCCUGCCUGACCUCUCGCUCCUACCCAACGUCACCGGAGGACUGGCGCCGCUGCCCUCGGCCGGAGAUCUCUUCUCGACCGACUGAUCCCUCCAUCCUCAGUCUGGACUCUGAUUCCACCGUCACCAGCCGAUCAGCUGAGAUCAGGCCAGAUCCUCAGCUUCUGGCCUUUGUGUUCGGUUUUUAGAAGGAAAAAAAUAAUAAUUCCUGCUGAGUUUUCACCGACAGAGCGAACGUGAACAUGACUCUGCCGUCUUAUCGUUAUUAGAGGAGGUUUUUGUUUGUUUUUUUGUGCUUUUUUUAGUUUUACUGAUUUAGGGUGUGAUUAGGCUUUGUUUCCUUAUUAGUAACCCCAUGAGGUGUUUGUGAAAAAAGUCUUGCUCAGAACCCCCAACCCCCCAUCCCUCCAUACCCCCCAUUUUUCAUUUGCUCAGUUAUACAGACUAGGUAGCUGAUAUAAAGGAAAUAAACAGUGACAGUGACAGACCUUCAUCAUCAGCUGCCAUUGGAGCGGCGCCAAUUAGGGCUGGGCAAUAUACUCUGAGUGUGGUGUUAUCACGAUCUUGAAUCUUAUUUGGAGAAAUAAAGCUCGCCCAUAUGAAACUUUUGUGUUAAAGAAAUAGUACUAAUUCAUUUAAAAAAAAUCGAAUGUAAACACGUUUCCAAAUAGACAUGUUUGGUUUCUGAUGUUUGCUCCGUUUGGAGCUAUAAUAAGAAAUGGAAAUCUAUCUCAAUCUAAAAAAUUUGUCCUCAAACCAUGUGACUUUCCGUAAUCUAUACACAUGAACGUUAUGAGAGCGGCCGUCUUGAAUUACGUAUAUUAUACUCCUUUUAUUUUUUUUUCCCACGAUGUACUGAUUUGGGUUUGUUUUGAAUAGAAAAGCUUUUGGGUGACACAGACUUCCAUUACUUGUUAGUACCGAUGACACUUUGUUAAAGAAAUAGCAGUAAUUUGGCCAAAAUGUUUCCUAUAAAUAUUUUCCUCAAACCACGUUCUCGAACACAGCGUGAUGUCCUAUAGUCCAUAAAAUCAAUUUCACCCAUGUAGCUGAAUGCUAGAACAUUGUGGUAACCUUACGACAGCAGCCAUUUUGGACAGACACCCCCUCCUUUUUGGGUGACAUAGAAGUCCAUUAUGAAUCAGCCAAGACAUUUUGAACAUUCUGUUGCACUGGAGUAUUUCCAUUUCCUGUUAAGAUCUUCCUCAAACCAUGACACAGUGAUACAACUACCUGUAAUCUACAAACAUGAGCAUAAACCUCACAGUGUAGCUUAACCCUGGAACAUUACGACAGCAGCCAUCUUGGAUCAACUAGAACUUUUUUUCUUUUUUUUUUCUUUUUUUUUUCUUUCACCUCCCAAAGUUUGGUUUUGUAAGUUUACCUAAGACUAUUUUACCUAAUACGUUGAUCUGGCUAUGUAUUGAUUAAGACAAAUGGUUCAUAUGUACUAACAAGAAAUGGAAGUCUGUGUCAUAUUUUCUAAAGUAACAGUAAUAGUAAUAAUUUGUAGUAAUUAUAGUAAUAAUUUGGCAAAAAAAAAAAUCUCUUUACUCCUUACUGAAAAUUUGAGUUCUUCAACACAGUGUGACUUCUUAUAAACAUUAACGAUAAACAGUAAUCAAUAAACAUGAACAAAACUUUA